AUGCUUUGGCCCACAGUUUGUCAGCCUGCUAAUUUCUCUGAUAUGAUAUGUGAUGUUCCUGAGCUCCGAGGGGACAAUUAUAAAAUUUGGAAGGAGAGAACUCUCCUUCAUUUAGGGUGCAAGGACGUUGAUUACGCCAUAAGGAAGGAUGAACCGCCUCUUGAAAAUAUUGCUCUUUAUGAAAAAUGGGAGCGAUCUAAUCGCCUCUCAAUAAUGUUCAUAAAGACCAAGAUCUCAGAUGGCAUUAGGGGUUCCCUUGAGCAUUAUGACAAUGUCCGUGACUUACUGAAGGCAAUCGAUGAUCAAUUUGUGUCUUCGGACAAGGCUUUAGCUAGCACCCUAAUUCACCAAUUCUCAUCCAUGAAGCUAAGUGGGAUACACAGUGUACGUGACCACAUUAUGAGGAUGAGGGACAUUGCGGCUCAAUUGAAGAGACUUGAGGUUGAGAUGUCUGACUCUUUCCUAGUGCAUUACAUUCUCAACACUUUACCAUCGCAAUAUACCCCAUUUAAAAUCUCUUAUAAUACACAUAAAGAGAAAUGGUCAAUUAAUGAACUUAUGACCAUGUGUGUUCAAGAGGAGGGUAGACUUGCUAUGGAAGAGGGUGAGAAGGUAAAUUUGACUACACCUGGAAAGAAGAAGAUAUUUGAAGCCAAGGACAAGGGCAAGAUUCCUGCCAAACGGGACAUUCAGAAAAGUUCCAAAUGUUUCUUCUGUAAGAAGAAAGGGCAUUUAAGGAAAGAUUGCACCAAGUUCAAAUAG